AUGACUAAGCGACUCAGGCUUAUUGAUUUUGGCAGGGAGAGCCACGUAUCCAAUGCCGCCCUGUCACAGAUCCUGGUGGAUGCACGUGAGUUCGGGAUCCCAGAUGCCGUCAGUGGGGGGACGAUGCGCAGGCAGCGCAAGGCACUCUGCAGCCAGAAGACAUCCUUUGGCCCGCUGGUCCAGCAGCUUGAUUUAGUUGAUGACGACGGUGCUGCCAUGUCGGCUCCUGUUCAACACCCGCUGGCCGCCCUGGAAGUAGCUUGCAAGCAAUCCCCGCGCGUCAGGGACACGAUUGCAGGCGCAUUGCAAAAGGCGGGUGGCAAGGUCAGGAUGAUCUUGUAUACGGACGAGGUCACGCCAGGCCAACAGCUGAACUCCAGAAAUUAUCGCAAAUGCCACGGAAUUUAUUGGACGCUAGCAGACUUGCCGCCUGAGUUCCUCUGCGUGGAGGAGUGGUGGUUCACGUUGUCAGUUAUCCGCACCAGCCAGGUGGAUCGCCUCGACGGUGGGAUGAGCCAGCGAAUCAAAAGGUUGCUUCAUGUGUGUUUUGCCCCGCCAUACAAUUUGAAAAACGGCGUUCAACUCGACCUGUCGUUGGGCAGCCCGCAGCUAGUGUUCGGCGAGGUAUUUUGCUUAUUGCAAGACUUGGCGGCGCACAAGUUGUCGGCGUUAUGCAAGGGGCACUCGGGCCACAAACUUUGCCCGCUGUGUCAGAAUGUGGUCUCUCACAAAUGCCCGUGGCUGCCUGACCACACGGGGCGUCUUAUCUCGAGUGCAUGUUUAGAAGUGGACAAGUAUGUGGUCCACACGAAGGACACCGUCACGAGAGUUCUCGAGAGGUUGCAAGCCGUGGCGCAUGGGGGCGGCAACGACCUUCCCCAGUUGGAAACAUUCCUUGGCUUCAACCACUCGGACGAAAAUGCGUUUCUAUGCCCCGUGCUUUCUCUAGACAUGCCCAACUUGAUAAUGUUCGAUUGGAUGCACAUCCUGUUCAUCAGCGGCACUUUCGUGGUCGAGAUGUGCGCGCUGUUUGGUCGACUGGACGCGCACUCGUUAGGGCACGCGCAGCUCGGGGCAUUCUUGACGAAAUUUUGUUGGCCAGGCGGUUACGAAUCUGGUGCGAAAGUAUGUUGUGACGGCAAGUUCGGGGGAUCUGCCUCAGAGAUGCGAUCGGCAACGCCAGUCAUUGCAUUGUAUUUGAUGAACGUUGUUCGCCCGACUGGGGUUUGUGCUAAGGAAGUCGCCAGUGCCCUUCUCUUGUGCGAUCUGGUGGGAACGCUGACAAUCGUGAACGCUGUUGCCCCGAGAGAGCUGGAGACCGCUGUGCUCUCGCAUUUGCGCGCCCACGUUGACGCUUACGGGCGCGAGAUCUGGAUCCCAAAGCACCACUACAGUGUUCAUUUAGCGCCGAUGCUGCAGAAGUUUGGCUUCUUACUUAACACGUUUGUGCAAGAGAGAAAACACAGAGUUCUGAAAGCCAUGUGCACCAAUCGGCACAACACCACCAGCUUCGACACUGGAGUCCUCGAGGACAUGACGUGCCAAGGCAUGCAUGACAUCAGCGCCUCUUUGGACAGCGGGCCCUUGCGGGGGCUGAAGGAUGCCCAUCGAAAAGUGGUCGAGGCAAUGAGGUCAGCGAUCAGUGGCGCGAGGGCCGUUAGGUCCUCGAGGCGUCUUGUGGCAUGCCACAGGACGGUAAUGGCCAACGACGUCGUGGCAAUAGAUUCGGGCGAGGUGGUUGCAGAGGUGUGGUUUCACGCCGAGGUGGACGGGUUCAGCUGGAGCUGCGUGUCGCCUUGGCCUUUCGUUGAAGAUGGCAACGGCUGUUGUAAGUACCGCAAACAUGGGUUCCUGUGA